GCCCGUCAAUAACAAAAUUUUUCAGUAAAUAAAGAACCUUUGAACUGAGAACAUCUGGUGAAUAAAGUGUAGCAAUGUACCUCAUAAGUUUCUUUGUUCUUGCUGUGAUUACUUUCAUUUCUUGGUAUCAAAUUAAGUACCGUCGUCGGAAUUAUUUGUUGUCUAAAAUUCCAGCACCAAAGAAGUUGCCAAUUUUCCAUCACUUAAUUGAGUUUAUUGGAAAAGAUGCCAAGGAUGUUUUCGAUUGGCUUGAAGAACAAGGAAAUAAAUUUAGUCCUGUGUAUCAAUUUACAGUUUCACCUUUUGAUCCAGGCUGUGCUGUUGUUUCAGAUGUAAAAAUCAUUGAGUCACUUUUAACCAGUCAAGUUUUGCUUAAUAAAACGGUGGAUUAUGAUUUACUUGUUCCUUGGAUUGGCACUGGAUUAUUAAUUUCAACUGGAAAAAAAUGGUUUCAAAGACGAAAGCUCCUUACUCCUGGUUUUCAUUUCCAAAUUCUCGAAAAGUUUGUGGACAUCAUGAAUGAGCAGGCAAAAGUGUUUGUUAAACAGCUAGAGAAGCAUGACGGAAAAUUUGUAGAUGUAUUUCCACUUGUGAAUUUGUAUGCUUUGGACACAGUUUGUGAAGCCGCAAUGGGUAUUAACAUUAAUGCGCAAACUACUGAUUCUGAAUAUCUUAGAGCAGUCAAAGAGGUGACUUCCAUUGCAAUGAUUCGAUCAUUUGAUGAGACAAAAAGAAACCAAUUCUUAUUCCAAUUUACCGACAUGUAUAAAAGAGAACAGCACUAUAUAAAAAUUCUUCACGAAUUUACUGAUCGUGUCAUACAAAGAAGAAGAGAUGAAUUACUAAAUAAUAAUCAAGUUGAUGAAACCGAUGACGUAGGAAAGAAGAAGAAAAAAGCUUUACUUGAUAUUCUUUUAAGCUCAAGUAUUGAUGGACAACCUUUGAGUAAUUUAGAUAUUCGAGAAGAAGUUGAUACAUUUGCUUUUGCUGGACAUGAUACAACAAGUAGUGGAAUCAGUUUUACACUCUAUAACAUCGCAAAAUAUCCAGAUGUACAGCAGAAAGUGUAUGAUGAAGUUCUUGAGAUCAUUGGAGAUGACGAGGAAUUGACUGUACAAAAAUUGAACAAUUUGCAGUACCUCGACUUGGUUAUUAAGGAAUCGUUAAGACUCUUUCCUCCAGUACCUUAUUAUGGCCGUAAAUUAUCUGAAGAAUUAACAGCAGGCGGCUAUACUUUUCCAAAAGACAUGAAUGUUUAUGUCUCACCGUACUUAUUGAGCAAAAAUCCAGAAAUUUAUCCUGAACCUGAAAAAUUCAAUCCACAUCGCUUUGAAGCUGAAAGAAGCUAUGAUAAAAUUAAUCCUUUCUCAUAUGUUCCAUUUUCAGCUGGAUCCCGAAAUUGUAUUGGACAAAAGUUUGCACAGCACGAGCUUAAAGUAAUUGUCUCGACAAUUGUCAAAAACUUCAAGCUGACUUUAGACAAAAAACAAGAGAAUUUGACAUUAACAGCAGAACUUAUUUUACGUCCUGUUGAUGGAAUCAAUAUCUAUGUUGAAAAGCGUAAUUAAAUAGAAUUUAAGAAUCAUUUAAAGUGCUGCUUUUAUGAUUAUUCAAUUUAUAGUUCCGAUCUUAUUUUAUAUCAAUUUUUUAAGAAGCAGAUGAAUUAAUUUUAGGACGUAUGUCC